AUGAGUAAAGAUGAAGCGGCCAAGCAACAUGCCAUGGAUUGGAACAUCUUCAGCCAUUGGUGUGCCCCAACAGUGAACGAGGAGCUUUCGCACAAGCGCAUUGCUGGUGGUGAAAGCAUGGAAGAUGUCCGGAAGAGAGCCGUGCUAUGCCUAGAAGAGGCUUGCACCAGCCUCGCCUCGGAGGAUGUGGUCAUUGCAGUGACUCACGGCGGGGUCCUGGGACAGCUGUUGCGCCAUUCCCAAAAUGGAGCGACCAUGGUCUCGAAGCCAGGAAAUGCCUGCAUCAGCCGCUUUGCAGUAGAUCCUGGACAUAACUGGGAGGUCUUGGAUUGGGCCUCAGUGGAUCACUUGGUGGGUGAGGAUCUAGCCCCGGCAGCUGCCGACUAUGGUCUGCUUUGGUGGGCGCUUCGCUACAGGGUGGGCCUUUACAACUACCGCUACUUUGUAGUUCUGAUCUAUGCUGCCACCAUUUUCCUCUUCGAGUGCCUUUAUGUGAGCGGCUGCUGUUUUGGUCAGGAGGCAGCGGAUCUCUUUGGCCCAGACUAUGGCAUCCUGGAUGUGCUCUAUGUGCUGACACAGGAUCUCUACAUGGUAUUUUUCUUUAUAUAUUGUCUUUUCUUGAUGUUCGCAGUCAUGCUUCUUGCAGUGUACCACACCGUGAUCUCCAUACAGAAUUUGACGACCAAUGAGCAUGUGAAGAACUACUACCGGGAAGGGCAGAAUCCCUUCGACUUUGGCGGGUACAAGAACUGCAAGCAGAUCUAUUGCUACCCAGAGCUGGUUUUACCCGAGGGUGAUGACAAGAUUGAGGUGGGCUAUUUGCCCUUUGGCUCCUAUUCGGAUGGCCAAUCCUUUGAUGAACUCUGA